ACAGGCCAUUUAAACAAUGGAUGACUUGACGCUUUUUUGUUGGCUUGUGAUGUUGCUGAUGACAGAGACAAAACAACACGGGGAGAUCUGUUUUAUUCACAACAACCUUCAACCAUAAAACUUUUAUUUUACAGCCUCGGACAGCUUCCGGUGACACGUGAGGACAACAACGGGAUGUAGCCGGUGAAAUGGAGUAUGAUGAGAGACUUGCGCUUUUCCGCCAAACCCGCCUCAAUCCCUUUGAUCGUGGUGAAGAAGAAGAUGGUCCCCAAGGUGGCAAGACUCCCCCACAGCAUGAAGCGAGACCUGAGCUCUUCUCUGGGACCAGAACCCACAGCUUAGAUCGGACCAUGGACCUUGGCCUAGCUGAGGACCACUUCUCAAGACCUAUGGGUUCCUUUGUGGCAUCUGACAUUGAACAGCUGAAACUGGCCAUAGAGGAAUGUAAAAAGCUGAUCUUGGAGCUGCCAGAACACUCAGAGAGACAGAAGGACACCGUGGUGAAACUUAUCCACCUUCGUCUCAAACUGCAGGAGCUAAAGGACCCUGAGGAGGAUGAACCUAAUCUGAGAAUCCUACUGGAGCACCGCUUUUCCAAGGAAAAGAGCAAGAGUGUGAAACAGACCUGUGACAAAUGUAGCACAAUCAUCUGGGGCCUUAUCCAGACUUGGUAUACCUGCACAGGUUGCUAUUAUCGUUGCCAUAGUAAGUGUAUGAACAUGAUCACCAAGCCCUGUGUCAGGUCAAAGGUGAGCCACCAGUCGGAGUAUGAGCUCAGCAUCUGCCCUGAGAUCGGACUUGACCGCCAGGACUACCGAUGUGCAGAGUGUCGCACACCUAUCUCACUGAGGGGCGUGCCGAGUGAAGCCAGACAGUGUGAUUACACAGGCCAAUAUUACUGUAUGACAUGCCACUGGAAUGACACAGCCAUCGUGCCAGCUCGUGUCAUCCAUAACUGGGAGUUUGAACCACGCAAGGUUUGUCGCUCCUCAAUGCGCUAUCUGGCCCUGAUGAUCUCACGACCUGUGCUGAAGCUGAAGGAGAUCAACCCGCUGCUAUUCAACUUUGUGGAGGAAUUGGUCGAGAUAAGGAAACUCCGUCAAGACAUUCUGUUGAUGAAACCCUAUUUUAUUACCUGUAAGGAGGCCAUGGAGGCUCGGCUAUUACUACAGCUACAAGACCGGCAGCACUUUGUGGAGAACGAUGACAUGUACUCACUACAGGAUUUGAUUGACAUCUCCAGUGGCAGACUCAGCUGUUCCCUCACAGAGAUCCACACCACAUUUGCUAAGCACAUCAAACUAGACUGUGAGCGUUGUCAGGCCAAAGGAUUUGUGUGUGAGCUCUGUAAGGAAGGAGACAUCCUGUUCCCUUUUGACAGUCACACCUCAGUCUGCCAUGAGUGCUCUGCAGUCUUCCACAGAGACUGUUACUAUGACAACUCCACAACUUGUCCAAGAUGUGCCAGAAUGACUGAGCGCAAGCAGGACGACGAUGUGAAAGACGCAUAACUCUGGAAAAGGACCACCUGAUGUUACUGGAUGUUGCACUUUGCCACAUGUUGCGCACUACUCGAUCAAGAAAGUCUGAGAGAAGACUAGCUUCUUGUCUUUGUCCUUGGUUCAAUUUGUGCAUUUGUUUAUAUUGUAGUGUCUUUAUCUUCCUGUGCACUACUUAACUGAAGCAGGGUACUUAGAAACCCAUUUGGAAAUUAAUAUAUAUAUACAUAUAUAUAUUUUUAUCCAACUUUUUAAUCCAUAUUGAAAUUGGAUGUACUGAACACUGUGUAUGUGUGUUUGUGUGAGUGUAUUAGUGUGUGUGUCUGCUUGUAUAAAUGUACAAAAAAAUGCCCUAUAGAGAAAAGUAGGUGAUUAUGCAUGCAGGAGUUGUAUAUUAACUGUUACAAGCCUCAACUGCAUUAACCUAUACUGCCAACUUUGCUGAAUACUAAACUUUAAGGUUGCCAUAUACAAACAAAAAAAGAAAUGGUUUUGAGUUUUAAGGAUUGUAACUCCAACUUUCAUAGAUUAAAUCACAUUAAUGAUAUUAACCAGAGAUUUGCCUUUCAGCUUGCAGCUGUAUGUUUUUGUUCUAAAAAUAUCGAGACCCAUGCUCAAAGGUUAAACUGGCAUUUCCCAUCAUGAGUUUAUUGAAUCAGUUUUACAAUAAGACAUUAAUCAAAUCUCUUAGACUAUGUGAUCUUAACAUCACUGUAACUGUAAACAUAUUACAUCAUCAGUUUAUCUCACAUAUACUGUCCCUAAAGUGAUCUAUACUCAGCCUCCACUUAUGAUACAUGCCUAAUAUCCUUUCAGAGUCAUAAUCAGUUGAACUGUUAGAAAAAAAUCUUUAAAAUAUUUGCCAGCCUUAAUGCAAUAUUUAUCAGUUUUCCAUUUAUAGUUUAUCUCAGACUAUAAGCCGCCUUUGAAUUUAAUUGUAAUUAGCCACAUACCGGAAAUAUUAUAUGGCUUGCAAUUGUUUGACAAGACAAUUGUUUGACAAGAAAGGUUGUGUAUAUACAAUCAUUAAAACCUUAAUUUGACAUAUAAAGACAUAUAUUUGCAGAAAUAUAAUCGAAGCAUGCAUUACCGGCACAUUUUGUCAUAUGGCGAACCUGAAAAAGAAAAGAAACAUGGGAGAUAAAUGAGCUGUCCUUUUCAUCAAAACUGUGAACACUUUGUAGACAGUUUGAUCUGUGUUUAAUCCAGUUCAGUCCAGUGCAGUGUGUAGCAAAUAGUUGUGAAUACUUAUGAACAUUGUGUGCCUAAGAUUGUCAGGUUACAUACAGCUGUUAUCCAAACGUCUUAAUACACUUACCAUCAUGUUAAUGGUUUCAGUCUUAAAGUACUUACAGCGCAUUUUGUCCAGGGAUGACAAAGAUGUUAAGUUAUACCUUUGGUAAUGUGUAAAUGUUGACCUAAAGUAUUUGUUUUAAAAUAAUGAUUUAUGGCUGUGUUAUCUUUCAGCAUGAUGUACUGUAUUUUUUCAAACUAAUGGACACACAUGGUGUUGGUAAAAGCCAUGUCCUGUUGGAAGUCAUGUUGGAGUAGUGCAUGAAUAAACUAAUGAAAUGCA